AUGCGAGCGCCUGUCAUGCUGUGUGCCGCCUUGGGUGGUUUUCUCUUCGGCUAUGACACGGGCGUCAUCAAUGCUGCCCUGUUCCAGAUGAAGGACCACUUCGGCUUCAGCGAGCAUUCGUGGCAGUACGCCCUCAUCGUCGCCAUCGCCAUCGCUGGUGCCUUCGUUGGUGCCUUUAUUUCUAGCUUCAUCUCUGCCGCCUUCGGUCGCCGCCCGUGCAUCGCCGUGGCGGAUGCCCUGUUUGUUAUCGGCUCCGUGCUGAUGGGUGCUGCCCCGAAUGUGGAAGUGAUACUCGCCUCGCGUGUCAUCGUCGGCUUGGCCAUCGGUAUCAGCUCUGCCACCAUUCCAGUGUACCUGGCGGAGGUAACGUCGCCGAAGCACCGUGGCGCCACCAUCGUUUUAAACAACCUGUUUCUGACAGGUGGCCAGUUUGUUGCAGCCGGUUUCACCGCGAUCAUGGUCGUCUUUACGAGCAAGAACAUCGGCUGGCGUGUGGCGGUUGGCAUAGGUGCGUUGCCGGCUGUCGUUCAGGCGUUCUGCCUCCUCUUUUUCCUGCCGGAGAGUCCACGUUGGCUUCUCUCGAAGGGCGACGCGGACCGCGCCAAGAGGGUGGCGGAGAAGUUCGAGGUGGACCUCUGCGAGUUCCAGGAGGGCGAUGAGUUGCCGUCCGUCAGCAUCGACUACCGCCCGCUGAUGGCACGUGACAUGCGCUUCCGCGUGGUGCUCAGCUCUGGCCUGCAGAUCAUUCAGCAGUUCUCUGGUAUCAACACCAUCAUGUACUACAGCUCUGUGAUCCUGUACGACGCCGGCUUCCGCGACGCCAUCAUGCCAGUCGUGCUGUCCAUCCCGCUCGCCUUCAUGAAUGCCCUCUUCACGGCGGUGGCCAUCUUCACGGUCGACCGCUUUGGUCGCCGCCGCAUGCUGCUCAUCUCUGUCUUCGGCUGCCUUGUGCUGCUGGUGGUGAUUUCCAUAAUUGGCUUCUUCAUCGGCACGCGCAUCUCGUACUCCGUUGGCGGGGGGCUUUUCUUGGCGCUGCUCGCCGUCUUUCUCGCCUUUUACGCGCCUGGCAUUGGCUGCAUCCCGUGGGUGAUCAUGGGCGAAAUCUUCCCUACGCAUCUGCGGACAUCGGCGGCGUCCGUCGCGACCAUGGCGAACUGGGGGGCCAACGUGCUCGUAUCGCAGGUGUUUCCGAUCUUGAUGGGCGCCAUCGGCGUUGGCGGCACCUUCACGAUCAUCUCCGGUCUCAUGGCCUUCGGCUGCAUAUUCGUGUACUUCUUCGCCGUGGAGACAAAGGGCCUCACGCUGGAGCAGAUCGACAACAUGUUCUGCAAGCGCGCCGGCCUGCCGCCGCGCUUCCACGAAGAAGGCGAGAGCGGCGAAAACGGUGCCCGUUAUCACGAAGACGGCGACCUCGACCGCGCGGCGACGGAGGAUGUCUGUGACCUGUCUUCGUUGGGCAAUCAGGUUGUAUCCCUGGCCAAAGCGGAGGACGUCUACACGGAGGUUGCAAUGGACGAUCGCCACGCCGUGUCCAACAAGCUUGAAGAAAUAGGGACGAGGUCCUCCUCAGACCCCCAGUCGCUCGAAACCAAGACGAGGAGCGGCAAAACCUCAUGA